GACCAGCUGUUCCCUAGGAGUGUCUGGCUGGAGCCAUAUGAUCUUAGCAACAUAUUUCAGAGCUGUUUCUAAACACUGACAGACUCUUGUGCAGCAAUGACUGUUGUAGAGGAAAAUCGACCUUUUGCCCAACAAUUAUCCAAUGUCUACUUUACCAUACUUUCACUUUUCUGCUUUAAACUUUUUGUAAAAAUCAGCCUUGCAAUACUCAGUCAUUUCUAUAUUGUAAAGGGGAAUCGUAAAGAGGCAGCAAGAAUAGCUGCUGAGUUUUAUGGAAUUCCUCAAGGACAAGGCUCUUGGGCAGAUCGCUCACCACUGCAUGAAGCAGCAAGCCAAGGGCGCCUUCUUUCUCUCAAAACAUUAAUUGCACAGGGAUACAAUGUGGAUGCUUUAACCAUUGAUCAAGUGACCCCAUUGCAUGAGGCAUGCCUUGGAGAUCACGUAGGAUGUGCUAGGAUACUUCUUGAAGCAGGAGCAAAUGUGAAUGCCACAACAAUUGAUGGGAUAACACCUUUAUUCAAUGCCUGCUCAAGAGGAAGUGCAUCUUGUGUACAAGUUUUGUUGGAAUAUGGUGCAAAAAUUAAAUGGGAGACAUGUCUCCCUUCGCCAACUCAUGAAGCAGCCAGCAGAGGUCACAGUGAUUGUCUAGAAUUGCUGAUUUCUUGGGGCAUAGAAGUUGAUCAAGAUGUUCCUCACCUAGGAACACCUCUAUAUGUGGCUUGCUUUUCACAGCAGAAACAGUGUGUUCACAAACUUUUGCAUUCAGGUGCAAAUGUGCAGAAAGGAAAGUUUUUGGAAACUCCAUUGCAUGCAGCUGCAAGGCUAUCUAAUACAGAAAUAAUAAACAUGCUUCUUGAGUUUGGAGCAGACAUAAAUGCCAAAAAUACAGAGUUUGAACGACCAGUAGAUGUUGCUGUUUCAAGCAGCUUGGUGGAAAAGAUAUUGCUACUACAUGAAGUUACUCCGUGUUCUCUUUGCCAGCUGUGCCGACUAAGAAUCCGAAAUUAUAUAGGAAAGUCUAGAUUGCAUCUUGUGCCACAACUUCAGCUGCCAAAAAUCUUGAAAAACUUCUUACAGUACCGAUAAAAUAGUGAUUAGUUUCUCAGAACUUGAAGAAGUAUUUUACAAUAUGCUUCACAUGAAAAAUUGAUAGGAUAGGGGACAGCCUAAAACACAUCUGUACAUUAAAAUCAUGCUGCAACACAAUUUGGGAUUCCUUGAAGCACUACUAUAAUUAAAUAUAAAAUGUAUUCAUAUUUUAUAGAGCGGUACAAAUCCUUUGAAAAAGGUGUGGAAUGCAAGGGAAUAUGUACAAAGACCCUCUUUUUGAAUUAUUAAAGCAACCAGAUAUUUAAUAAAAAGCUGCUUCCAGCUAUGUCCGCUUAUGAGGUGGCUGUACAUGCACAUGUAUGCAGACAGAGCCAGGAGAAACUUUUCAUGCAGCUACGUUAGCAAUUAAAAAAAGAGAGACAGGUUUUGUACACUCCUCCACAUGUUCCAAAGCAUGUCUUUUGAAGGACUUAUACAGCCCUAAUAUUUUGAAAGUGUGUUAUAUUUGACAAUGUAGUGUCUACUGAUUAAUCACUCCAUUUACAUUUUACUGUUGUUCAGUCUUUCCAGGAGACUGUACUUUGCGCUGCAAAUGGUAAAUUCUUGCAGGAAUUCUGAUUUCUUUUUCUCCAGCGCAGUAUUUUCUUAAAACUACUAGGGUGGUAGUGGGGAGAAAGAGAACUGAGAUUUCACAUAAAUUAAUGCUUCCAAUCCUUUCCAUAUUUGUUCUCUGUAUAAAAUUCCCUGAACUGUGAUCCCAGGAUCACAAGGAGCUUCCCAAGGUUUGGAUGCAGUUCCAGACCAAGUUUUUUUCCAAAAUGCAACUGAAAAGAGAGGCUAUCAAGCACAAUAGGACUGGGAAAUGAUCAUACUAAUUUCAUUUAAUAAUUUAAUUGCAAUUAAAUUUAAAUUUAAAUAAAAUCUAAUUCAGUUUUUGUCCUAGGAGUGCCCAUUUUCUGCUACGUGCCCCCCCCCAGUAUGAUAUUUGGCCUAAAAAAAGAUUAUUAUUCCUAUUCUGCAAGAAUUAGCUUAACUGGAGAAGAUUCAGCUCAUUUGCAUUUGUAAGGCAAGAAUAUAUAACCCUUAGUAGUAGGUUUGUCUAUUUAAAUACUGGUGCUCCCACAGAAGCUACUUUCUUAUAUGUUCCUACUGCAGUUGAAAGAAUGGGAGAUUAACUGCCUUUUAGUGUAUUAUUGGUCUUUUAAGAGCUAGAAUUGAAUGAUCCCACAGUGUAUUUCUGUCUUCAAAAAUUUUAUGAAAUGCUAUGUAAGUAACUAUGUAGGUAGUGGGAAUAGGGGAGAAUGUUUUGAAAAUCUAGAUCUUCUAAGUUUUCCAUAAAAUCCAUCGUUUAGUUUAAUUAUUGUUUGAUUGUUAUAUUCUGAGUAAAGAUGAAUGAAUGUGCGUGUGUGUGUGAAUACACAAGAUGUUAAAUACAUAUUCUUUCUCUCUCUUUAUCUCUAAAAUAGAUAUACAUAUAUAAAACUUGAAAGAUGGUUAAACAAAUAGGUGUCAUUUUUUUUUCAGACCUCUCCUGCUUAUAUACUUUAGGAAGACCUACUGUACUAUUGUGAAUUUACCUACCCUCUAACUGUCCUGGUAUCACCCAAGAAAUUUCAGGACAAAAUAGGGACUUAACCACUCCUGCUUUAGCCUACAUAAUGGUACCGUAAAUGUUUGUAUAUGUGAUUAUUUUUCUUCAAAAUACACAUAAAUUACAAAGGGCACUUAUAUGAAUAAAAGAUUAAAUAAAUAAAAAGCACAAACCAGAUUUGAUGGCACUAGACCUCAAUAGUAAUAGUAAUUCUCAUAUAUAUUGGGACUUGGGCUUUAGUUGUAUUAUGACUCCUUUGUUUCUCUUUGUAUGAAAAUUCCAAGGAAGCUUUGUCAAUUGGUAUAAUUAUAGAGUUGAAACAGGACAUUUAGACUGUCAAGUCCACCCCUUGCUUAGAGCAGGAAUUCAAAUUAAAGCACCGCCAAUGGAAGACUAUCUAACCUCAAUUUGAACACAUCCAGUGAAGGGGGCCCCACCACUUUUAUGAGCAGUUCUUCCACUGUCAAUUUUUACUGACUUUUGUAACAUUCAAUUGGAACCUGCCUUCCUGUAACUUAAACUCAUCAUUCUGUGCUCUGGAACAAGAGAGAAUCGAUCUUGACUUUCUUCAAUGUGACAUCCUUCCAGGUGUUUGAAGAGCGCUAUCAUAUCCCCCCAGUCAUCUUUUUCCAAGACUAAAUGUUCACAGCCCUUUCAGUCUCUCUUCAUAGAUUUUUUUUUCUUGGAAUAUCAGUCAAUACAUUUUAUUACGGUCACCAACCAGUACAAGCGGCAAUUCUAUAAAAGAAUACACUUUGAGGCUAAAAAGUGAUAAACCAACUAAAAUCGAAUAGAUUUAAAGUUACAAGUUCCAGUUAGUAUUAAAAUACAUUUAUAUCACAAUUUGAAUGAGCUCCUUAAUCAAACUUAAAUACAAUCUUAUUAAUUUAUAUUAUAAUAACUAGUAUUUUGUUGGAUAUAAACAUAUAUAAGAGCAAAGGUAAAUAUAAUGAUAUACUGUAUAUACAGCAAAAGUUGUUACAAAGGGCACAUUACUGCAAUUUUCCAAUCACAAUCUGAUGGAUCUUCAUUGCAGCUGCGCAGAACCUGGCUACCUGCGCUGUAGCAAUUGGCUGUUCAUUUAUAAGUACCAUUUGCAUAUAGUCUGUAUCUUUACGCCCAGGAUAUUUGUUGAUCAAGGGUAAAAUUAAUUUACUCCGGAGCUCUUUAUAAAGAGGACAAUGAAGAAGAACACGGUCUGUAGUUUCUACCUCUCCAAUGUCACAAGAGCACCGCCUUGCCACUAAUGGAAUUUUUUUAUAUCUGCCAUCCAGCACUGCAGAGGGGAGAGGAUGGCUUUGGGCUAAGGAAAACCUUUCCGAUGACUAGGAAUUUCAAGAUGAGUAAGGUAGUUAGCAGCAGUGAUGAUAAAUCUACUAUACACUGGAGAUAGGAAGUAAGGAGCCUUCCCUAAAUCCGCCUGGCGCUCUAUAUCUUUUGUCCUUUGCUUCAAGGCCAAUUUUUCCUGUUCAUAUUCCAUCCUCAGAAUCAGAGUCAUGGAAAAUCCUAGCUUUGAGAGACUAAGAUCAGUGUCCUUUUUCCAGGAAGAUUGGAAAUUAUCUUGAAAGAUAAGUAGCACUAAACCUUGAGGGUAAUACUUGAGCUUUAGCCAAAGGUUCAGGGAAGCUAGGCAAACUCUGGCCUCAACUUUUAUCAUACCUGCUUCCAGUCAAAGAUAAGCAUUUGGCACACAUCUGGGCAUUUGGAGUGCUGCUCUGAUAAAUUUUGAUUGGACUCUUUCCAGGGAUGUCAUACUUGAAGUUGGGAGAGCCAAUGAAGGACCCGUAAAGGAGCUGGGCUAACGGCUUAGCCUGGAAGAGUUUAAGAGCUGCUGGUACAUAGUACCCUCCUUUGUGCCGGAAGAAUUUUAGGAUAGCAUUCGCUGAUCUUUGUCCAGAAUCGGCAGCAUAAUCACAGUGGGCUUUCCUCAACCCCAUAGCGUGCAUAACUACACCGAAAUACUUGAAGCUAGUCACUUGCUCUAUUCUUUGUCCGUUUAUAUCCCAGGGAUGGAAUUUCGCCCUUUUAGUGAAGGCCAUGAUCUUGGUUUUCUGAUAAUUUAUUUCCAGCUGAUUGUUGAUACAAUAUCAGGCCAGAGUUCUCAAAGCUCUAUUAAAGCCUAUAGGUGUCCUGGAGAGUAUAACCGCAUCGUCUGCAUAAAGCAGUAAGGCAAUACUUCAGUCCCCUAAUUUGGGGGGGGGGUGAAAAUCCAGGUGAUUUAGACACCAUAUCAUUAAUAUAAAAGUUGAAAAGUAGAGGAGCCAAAAUACAACCCUGUUUCACCCCCUUUUGUACUUUAAUCGGCUUUGAAAGGAAUCUGUGCCUGUUACAUCUGACUUUAAGGACCGUAUUGGAAUAUAGAGCACAAAUUAAAUGGAGGAGCCUACUGUCUACUGAAGCAACUUCCAGCUUUUCCCACAACUUAGUCCUAGAUACAGAGUCGAAAGCUGCCUUUAGGUCUAUAAAGACAGUGUACAAUGAAGUUAUCUUGUUGGUACAAUAUUUUUUAAUCAGAUGCUGGAGAACCAAACAUUGUUCAAUUGUUCCCCUACCCUCUCUGAAGCCAGCCUGCUCAUCUGCUAUCAAAUUUCCCUGAUCCAACCAAUCCUUGAGUUUUCCGUGAAGAUGUCUAGCGUAAAGCUUGCUAAUUAUGUUUAGUAGACUAACAGGCCUGUAAUUUGCAGGGUCAUCUAUCUUCCCUUUUUUAAAAAUCAGGACUAUAAUAGCCAAGCCCCAGUCCUCUGGGAUUCACCCCAUAUUAUCAAGAUAGGUAAAAAGCAAUGCUAAAACUGGGGUCCACCAUUCUACAUUAUUCUUUAAUACUUCCGCUGGAAUAAAGUCCAUCCCCGGAGCCUUCCCUUUUCUGAGUUGUCCAAUAAGAGACUUGAUUUCAGAUGCUGAUACUGGACGCCACUCCGUUAAGCCUUUGUUCAUUUGUGUCGACAUCUCAUUAUUAGGAUCCUUGUACAUCUCCUGAAAGUGGUAUUCCCAAACCUCGGGCGAUAUGUGAGAGUCUAAGCUAGCAAAGGAUCUAGCCAUCUGAUAGGACAGUAGUUGCCAGAAAAGGGCGGAGUUCUUCAAUUCUGUGGCAUCAAUGUUGUUUCCAAGUGGUUUUCAUAUCUUGCUGCUUCUUAUCAGCCACCAGAUGCUUAUACUGUUUUUUUGAUGGCAAGGAGAUGUUCAAGGGACUUUAUAUUAGUGUUGUUGCUAGUCACUGUCUCAGCUUUAUACAACUGAAUUGAUAUCUCUUCAUAGAUUUAAGUUUCUAUUUAUCCACCUCUAAAUUUGUUCCGUUUUUUUCUGAAUUCUUCUUGAAGUGUAGUGCCAGAACUGGAUACAGUAUUCAGGAUGGGGUCUG